GUCACGUCAUAGACGUAAAAACCGAGAAAUGACAAAUCAACCCAACCUAAAUAUGGCGUCCGAAGGGGAUGAAAUCACCGAUCAAGAAAAAGUUCGAAUAGUUUCUGAUUUCAUCCUUCAUUCGCCACCAGGAGAAUUUAAUGAAGUGUUCAACGACGUGCGGAAAUUACUGGAUAAUGAUGAUCUACUGAAAGAAGGAGCAAGUGGGGCAUUUGCCCAAUAUAACAAGAGCCAACUAACUCCUGUACGAAUUGAUAAUUCCGAAAGUUUGGUGCUUAUUACUGAAUACAACGACUUAGGGAACAAUAGGUUCUUCGAUCCCCGUUCUAAACAAUCCUUCAAAUAUGACCAUUUACGCAAAGAAGCUUCAGACUACCAACCCUACACACCCGAUAGUGGAUCUGAACCUUGGAGAGCUGCAUUGGAUGCAGAAUUCAUCGAAUACACUAAAAAUCACUAUAAGGAUGGUGUAUGCAGUGUCGUAGCUCGUAAUCUCAAUGGUAAUAUUGUCUUAACUGCCUGUGUUGAGGACCAUCAAUUUCAACCCAAAAACUAUUGGAAUGGUCGAUGGCGUUCAGAAUGGAGUGUUGUCCUUAAUGGUAAUUCUGCGGAAGUUCAGGGAACCCUAAAGGUUCAGGUUCAUUACUACGAAGAAGGAAAUGUUCAACUUGUCAGUGUGAAAGAUAUUAAAGAGAAUGUUCCUUUAUCUAGCGAAGUACAAACGGCAAAAGAAAUUGUUCAGGUUAUUGAAAACGCAGAAAACUUAUAUCAAACAGCUAUAUCAGAGAAUUAUCAGACCAUGUCAGAUACAACCUUCAAAGCUUUGAGGAGGCUCCUACCAGUUACCCGCACAAAAAUAGAUUGGAAUAAAAUAGUAUCCUAUAGUAUUGGCAAGGAGUUGAAAACGCAAUGACUGUUAUGCACUUGGAAAAAAUUCUUUUUUUGUUAUGGCUUAGGAGUGUUCUGUAAAUAAGGAGUCAGACUUGUUGAGUUUCUUACAGCAGGGGAUAGGACAAGCUUGACAUGGAUAGAUAAUUCUUGCAUUUCUACAUACAUAUGUUUUAGACAUUUAUUUCUCUCAUUUCAAGUGAGUCAAUUAAGAAAUAUUUAGUUAACUGUAUUAAAGAAAUUGUUAUUGUGAAAAAUGGAACAUAAAUGUUGAAUCAAUGUCUACCCCUGUAGAGGUAAUGUGCAAUAAGGCACAUCAUAACUGCAUACUAUUUUAUCUGCUUUUGUAAUAUUCUAUAUAUUAUUUCUCCAUUUCUGACAUUUUUCUAUUUUGUAUUAUUUUAUACAUUACUCACUAUUUUGUAUGAUGUUCAAGAAUUGAUUUUCAUAGGCCAGACUUAAUUUCACCCUUAGUUCGUUGCUCUUGAAAAUUAAAUAAUUUAUAUCUUGUUAGAAUUGACCAUUGUAUGGGUUAUUUUUAAAUAAGAAUAAAAGAUAAUAUAAUUUUUA